UAAAAUGAAAUGAAAGUAAGUUUGUUUAGAGGGAAAUGUGUAUUUGUGUUUAACACAGCACAUCAUUCUGAAGUUCAUUCACCUCAUAGUGACACUGAGCACAAAUUGUACUCAACAGAAAGUUCAGAAUUGUGUUGUUCAAAGUUCAUUUUAAUGAUUUUCUUUGCAGUUUUUAAAACAAAAGAGUGUGUUAUAUAAAAGAUAAAUAAUAUGUUAGUUCUGUUUGUAGUCAUUUUGUGAGUAAAAUCUAUGAAGGCAAGAAAUAUUUUACUAAUAUUCACCAGUAUUUGAAGAAAGUUACACAAAGAACUGUGCUGUUUGUCACUAUGCAAGACAAAACCAAUGUUAUAUUAUUAUAUAUUAAAAGAUAUCUAGUUAAUAAUACAAUUUCUAGAAAUAUUUAUGAAUAUGUAGGCAUAUUUAUGUUAAUUUCUUAAUUUAAAGUUGAGUUUUGACUCUGGAAUGAAGUUUCAGUGAAAUUAAGGUGGGAAAAGUCUCUGCACCCAACAUGUUUGACAUUGGUCACAUUUUUUUUUAUGAGGAUGUACAGUGCAUCAAAGUUUAAAAUCUUGUUGGUCAGCGAUAUGUAAAUUCUAGGGGAAGUUAUCUAUAUUAAAUCCCUGACCCAUACUCCGAAAGUCCACAGCUCAACUGAAGAUACGCAGACGGACGUCAUAAUGGAACUGGAGGGCAUUUAUAAAAAUGUUGACCGCGAGACCUGCAGCAAGGGCAAUGAGAGGGAACUGGACCGAGAUGAAGAUAUAUUUGGUACUAAUAAGUACCAAAAUCUCAGCCAGACUGAAGCAAAUGCUCAAAACCAAACAGGAGGUUUAACAGGUCGAAGUAAGUGUGUUGUGUUGAGCACAGUAUGCUUUGGCCUCAUGUGUAUUCUCCUUGUGGUGGCCGUUAUAGUACUGCAUAUCAAGCUCACGGCAGAGAGAGAGAUACAAGCUACGCUCAUGUUACAGACCAGUUCAAGAUAUCAAACUGAAAAGGACCAGUUACAGAACAGUUUCAACGCUUUGAGUCAGAAGAAACUGGAGCUGGAGACCAGAGUCAGUAAUCUCACUGCUGAGAAAGGUCAGUUACAGAGAAAUUCUGACUCUUUGAGUCAGAAGAAACUGGAGCUGGAGACCAGAGUCAGUAAUCUCACUGCUGAGAAAAGCCAGUUACAGAACAGCUUCAACGCUUUGAGUCAGAAGAAAGUGGAGCUGGAGACCAGAGUCAGUAAUCUCACUGCUGAGAAAGGUCAGUUACAGAGAAAUUCUGACUCUUUGAGUCAGAAGAAACUGGAGCUGGAGACCAGAGUCAGUAAUCUCACUGCUGAGAAAAGCCAGUUACAGAACAGCUUCAACGCUUUGAGUCAGAAGAAAGUGGAGCUGGAGACCAGAGUCAGUGAUCUCACUGCUGAGAAAAGCCAGUUACAGAACAGCUUCAACUCUUUGAGUCAGAAGAAACUGGAGCUGGAGACCAGAGUCAGUGAUCUCACUGCUGAGAAAAGCCAGUUACAGAGAAAUUCUGACUCUUUGAGUCAGAAGAAACUGGAGCUGGAGACCAGAGUCAGUGAUCUCACUGCUGAGAAAAGCCAGUUACAGAGAAAUUCUGACUCUUUGAGUCAGAAGAAACUGGAGCUGGAGACCAGAGUCAGUGAUCUCACUGCUGAGAAAAGCCAGUUACAGAACAGCUUCAACGCUUUGAGUCAGAAGAAAGUGGAGCUGGAGACCAGAGUCAGUAAUCUCAAUGCUGAGAAAAGCCAGUUACAGAGAAAUUCUGACUCUUUGAGUCAGAAGAAACUGGAGCUGGAGACCAGAGUCAGUAAUCUCAAUGCUGAGAAAAGCCAGUUACAGAACAGCUUCAACUCUUUGAGUCAGAAGAAACUGGAGCUGGAGACCAGAGUCAGUAAUCUCAAUGCUGAGAAAAGCCAGUUCCAGAACAGUUCAAACUCUUUAAAUCAGAAGAAACUGGAGUUAGAGACUGAACUAAGGAAGUUAUCUGAGCAAGCAAUUGGCUGUCUUGUUGCGUCCAAUAAGGAGAUGAGCUGGUCUGACAGCAGGAAGUACUGCAGGGAUCGUGGUGGUGAUCUGGUCAUUAUCAAGAGUGAAAAGAAGCAGAGGUGCAUAUCUUCAUUCAUCAAAGAGAUGGUGUGGAUUGGUUUGUCUGACAUUGAGAAAGAAGGCAAUAUGACAUGGGUGGAUAAUUCACCACUGAAACAAGGGUUUUGGGAAAAAAAUGAGCCGAAUGAUGCAGGUGGAAAGGAAGACUGUAUUGAACUGAAUCCUGGAAAAACUGUCCUGAACAACUGGAAUGACAUCCCAUGCUCAGAUAAGAGAAAAUGUGUUUGUGAGAUUUAGAAUUCAUUCUUUAAUUUUCACACUUUUUAAUAAUAAUUUGAUUCUAAAAAUACCUGUUUCACCUUAACAUUUUUAUUCUUGGUAAAUGUUCCUGUCAGCAAAGCUAAUGUCUUACAAUUGUUAUAACUGAUUUACUGGUUUCAGUUUUUAUGUAUCUUAUUUUUUUUAUUUUAUGUAUCUUCCAGUAUAUAAAAAGGUAGUUUCUUGAUUUUCUAGAUUUCUCACUGCAGUAAUAACAAUGACAUCCUGAGAAAUGCUUUCUAAAAUAGAUUUCCUGUGAAUUAUCUGCUUUUUAUGAUUUUAUCUUUUUAUGAAAUCAUUGUAGUUGCUUCAAUUUCUGGUUCCUGUCAUCUUUUUUAUUUUUUUAUUGUGCUAUUCAAAGAGUAAAAUAUGCAUACUUAUCUGGGAAUAAUUUGAGAUUUAUGCUGCCUUCCCAUGCUUUCAGAACAGAGGGCAGUGGGCAGAACUAUUAAAUACUCCGCAAUGCCAUUGGUACGGUGUCCAUUUUAGGACAUUCUCAAACCUCAGUCAUACAACGAAAAGGCAUCAUGCCUCAGACUAAGCUACGUCCACACGAAGCCGGAGCUUACCCCAACCGAUCUUUUUUUUUUCCCCUCGUCUCAAAAAAUAUCUGCGUCCACACGAAACCACAGAAACGACUAAAAACAAUGUCGUAUACAUGCCAGACCAGUAUGUGGCGCUGUAAUUCUGCCACAGAGAUGCACUUUUUACAGUGCAUGAAAUCAUCAUAAUCUCACAGUCUCUGUUUUCUACUGUCACUCCAAUGCCACCGUGAUGCUGCCAUAUAAAAAUAUAUUUAAUUCCUAUCUAGUUAGUUGACAUAAAUACAAUUGUAUUUAAAGGACAUUUAAAGGCCUAAAUUUUAUUUUAGAGUUUUUGAGUUAAUUUCUAUGGCUUUUAGAUUACAAUAUGAUCAUGGGAAAAUCUACACUUUGUUUUGACUACAUUACAUCAAAUGUAAUACAUGCAUAUACAUUCAAUAGUAUGAGUGUACAGAGUUUCAAAGUGAUAAUAAAAACCUAGAUGUUUUUCUGAAUGGAACCAUUUACUGUCUAAUAACCAUUAAAAACACACACCUCAUCUGUGAACACACACUGUACUGGAAGACUAAGUUAGAGCAAAUAACAAAAUCAGGAACCUUUUACGUGUGCAGAAAUAUAACAUUGUGUCACUAAUGUUUGAGAGGAUGAAAAACGUUGCAUAAAAAUCCAAUCAUUGUUUUAUGAUUAAUAUGUCAUUGUUUCUACUUUUAUAUGAAAUAUUUUAACAUGUAAUUAUUUUUCUGUUUAAUUUUUCAGUAUGUUUUUGAUUGCUAUAUUCUAAUGUAUAGGAUUUCCAGAUGUCAAAACAUUCACUUUUAAAAAACAUAUCAUAAUAUUAUGGAGUGAAAGUUAAUAAAUUAUAUUUGUGUGUUUUUGUCCUGUUUGGCAGGAAGAAGUAGAUGUUUGGGUCAACUCUUCCAAGUCUAAUGAGACUGGAGUUGGAUAAUGAACUAAGGAAGAGUUAUCUGAACAGGGUUUGUUAAUGGAUUUAUAUUUACAGUUGUGGCCAGAAUUAUU